AGAUCUUUGUUCAUCACAGGAAAAUAUGCUCACCAAAAUGCAGCUCUCUGUGCAAAACGUGUAGAAUUACCACUAACUUAUGGUUGUUGGCGUUAUUGACUGUGCUGUGCAUCCUAUUUAACGCCCAUAAGUUGAAGUGCUUUGUUAAGCAUCUGCAAAGAACCGUUGGGGCCGAAGCCGAACGUUGUAGACAACAGGAAGGAUCUCGUCCAGCUAGCUAAAAAGCGCAACUUUCUGUUUGGAGCCUUAAGUAUAUAUUUUAAUUAACCUUUAAAGUCGCUAAAAUACCAAGCAAAGCAGAUAAAAACACCACACAGAAAGGGCUUUUUUUUUUUCUCUUUUAAAGUGCGGAUGUAUUCCCUGUUAAAUUAUCUUCAAUUUGAUGCUGUAAUUCUGAGCGCAGAACGCAUCCGUUUCCGCUACGACGACAACAACAAUAGUAUCCAUCAGCUGAAAAUACAGUCUAGCAGUACAAGCCAAACCAAAGUCUUUUUAGAACCCAUUUUACACACACAAAACAGAUUGAUACGUGUUGCCAGCUUGUUUCUACGAGUUCUGUUGGAAGUCAACUCUGGGUUUCCCCCCCCCAUCAAACUCAUGAACGCUCUCAACAGCGUGGCUGUGGCAGCGAGUGAAGGCGGUCUCCUUGUCUAGGACUGUCGCCAGAAAUGAAGAGCCAACAAAAAAGCCCUGAUCCAGAUGGGAGUACCACUCUCAAUGAAGAAGGCUCAGUGGCCACUGCAGAAGACCCAGCAGCUAUUGCAGCUAUUCAGUCUGCCUCCACAUACACAGAUCAACCCAUCAAGUACUUAUUCAAGACAGAAGGAGGAGGUGGACAGGUGACCUAUAGAGUGAUCCAGGUGUCUGACGGCCAGUUGGAGGGUCAGACAGAUGGAGGUGCAGCAGUGAGCCUGGUCACUGGUUUCCCUGCAACCACUCAGGCCGUCACACAGGCUGUGUUCUCUCAGUCCGAAGGGCUUGAGGGAGACGGCGGCACUGAGACACAGUACACAUACUAUCCUGCCACUAUUGCUGACGCCACAACAGGGGCCAUGGUGACCACAGUUCAGGCAUCUGACACACUCCUCAGCCAGACCACACCCACGGGGCAACUCUAUGUGAUGAUGUCACCCCAGGAGGUUUUGACAGGAUCCAGUCAAAGGACAAUCGCACCUCGCACUCAACCAUACAUAGCAAAACAAGAGGCUCCUCGGGGUUCCAGAGAUGAGAAACGGCGUGCACAGCACAACGAAGUUGAGCGCAGACGUCGGGACAAAAUCAAUAAUUGGAUCGUGCAGCUGUCGAAGACAAUACCCGACUGUAACAUCGAUUAUACCAAGACGGGACAGAGUAAAGGGGGAAUUUUGUCCAAAGCCUGUGACUACAUCAAGGAACUCCGACAAAGCAACCUAAAAUUGGGGGAAGAUCUCGGCACACUUGAUCGACUUCGGAUUGACAAUCAGCUUCUCCGACAGGAGGUAGAAGACUGGAAAUCCAAGAAUCAGAUCCUGAGGAAUGUGCUACGUCAGCAUGGCAUUGUGGGAUCAUCCAGCACGGACUCUCAGUGAAAAGCCUUUUUAGGAACAGCUUUAUGAAGACAACCACACACGGGCCAAAACAGUACUUGAAGUGCUUUGACUGAGACUUGUCAGGCUUGUCAAGCGUGCAUGAUUAUAUAAGGAAAUAAUUGAAUAUUGUGCUAAAUAUUCAACCCAGUGUCUGAAAAUGACACCUUUAAUAUUUUUAAGGCUUUAAAAGUACUUAUUUUAUGCUAAUCAUAAUUGCAUUGCAUUUGCAAGGGGGGAAAUUAGUCAUUGAAAACCUUCCUCCACAGCCAGUAUGGAAACCUCCGUGACAUGACCGACUAAUGCUACGUUUACGUUAUGUUCCCAGCGGCCACAGCAAUCAACGUUUCAGAAUGGGAUGGACGUGACUCAACAUGGGGGGGGGGCACGGGCAAACGUGAUUGCCGUGACUGCCUGGCCGGAUUUUUAUGCUAUUCUGAACUGCAUCAGAAAGUGACUGGCCGGAAGGUGAACGUACUGGCAUCUGUGGUAGACAGCGGGCCAUACAUACCGUAGUGUGUCUUUUUGACUCUGGGACUCUGCAACCUCUUCCACCCAUACAGUAUCCCACGCUGCACUACGUUUCCGGCAAAUAGUGCUCCUGUGGACUCCGGGAAUAUAGUGUAAACGUUGUAUUACUUUUUUUUUGUUUUGUUUUUUUCUCCCCCCUCCAGUUUUCUUUAUAUGCUUACAUUGUCUCCAAACUACUGUAUAUGUAUGUAUUUUAUCCAUAUCGCUUUGUGACUCCGUUCUAACUUUGUUUUACCUUUUGCUUUGUAUUCAUAUUUGUAUUAAUCUUUUCCCAUGCUGUUUUAUGUAGCCUCACUUUGGAUUAUAAUUACAUUGUAACAAUGUAACAGAAUACAUGCAACUGAGGACAGUUAAAUCUUGACGAUAUAGGUGGGCAACAAUAAAUGUGUAUGUUAAUUUCACUUUUUGCUUAUUAAAGUUGCCUUAUAUAAAUGAA